GAGAUCCAAAGCUUGAAAACCCAGAAACCAAAUUCCAUCGAUGGAAAGCAUCGAGAAUCAACAAGAAGAACAGCAGCAGCAGCAGAAGAAGAAUAAUAAUAAUGUUAUGGAAAUAGAGACCCUUUCAAUCGAACGGAUCUUCGAUAGCAAGGAGGUUCCAUCAUGGCAGGAGCAAUUAACCUUCAGGGCCUUUAUGGUUAGCUUCCUUCUGAGUGUUCUGUUCUGCUUCAUCGUUAUGAAGCUUAACCUCACCGCUGGGAUCAUACCUUCCCUAAACGUCUCUGCUGGGCUUCUUGGGUUCUUUUUCGUCAAGACAUGGACCAAAUUCUUGCAGAAAUCUGGGUUGCUCAAGCAAGCUUUUACCAGGCAAGAGAAUACCGUCAUCCAGACUUGCGUCGUUGCUUCCUCUGGCAUCGCCUUUAGCGGAGGUUUUGGGAAUUACCUAUUUGGAAUGAGUGAAGCUAUUGCUAAACAAUCAUCAGAUGCUAACGAAGCACAAAACAUUAAGAAUCCAUCUCUGGGAUGGAUGAUUGGAUUUCUCUUUGUUGUUAGCUUUCUUGGGCUCUUCUCUGUGGUUCCUCUUCGAAAGAUUAUGAUCAUAGACUUUAAACUGAUCUAUCCAAGUGGUACUGCAACUGCACAUCUUAUCAACAGCUUCCACACUCCACAAGGAGCAAAAUUAGCCAAGAAGCAAGUCAAGGCAUUAGGCAAGUUCUUCUCAUUCAGUUUCUUGUGGGCAUUCUUCCAAUGGUUCUUCACUGCAGGGGAUAAUUGUGGAUUCAUAGACUUCCCUACAUUCGGUCUCAAAGCAUUUGAUAACAAGUUUUACUUCGAUUUUUCUGCUACAUAUGUUGGAGUUGGGAUGAUCUGUCCUUACAUCAUAAACAUAUCAUUGCUAGUUGGAGCGAUUCUCUCAUGGGGUAUCAUGUGGCCUCUCAUUGAAACUAGAAAGGGUCAUUGGUAUUCUGCAGAUCUUUCUCCUACCAGCCUCCAUGGCUUACAAGGUUACAAGAUUUUCAUUGCUAUCGCCGUGAUCCUGGGAGAUGGUCUCUAUAACUUUGUGAAGGUCCUCAGUCGAACUCUCUUUGGCUUGUUUCAACAAUUUUGUAACAAAAAAACUGGAGAUCUCCCCAUUUCUGGUUGCUCUGCUCCCGCGAGCCCACAGAUAUCCUAUGAUGAUCAGCGGCGAACACAACUCUUCCUCAAAGAUCAAAUUCCAACCUGGGUUGCAAUAGGAGGCUAUGUUAUCAUCGCUGUCAUCUCCACCAUCAUACUACCUAACAUUUUUCACCAGCUCAAGUGGUACCAUGUCGUGAUCAUCUACAUCUUUGCACCAGCCCUAGCCUUCUGUAAUGCAUAUGGCUGUGGGCUCACUGAUUGGUCCCUAGCCUCAACAUACGGGAAGCUUUCCAUCUUUAUCAUUGGUGCAUGGGUAGGAGCCUCUAAUGGUGGAGUUCUCGCUGGCCUGGCAGCAUGUGGGGUCAUGAUGAACAUUGUCUCCACAGCCUCUGAUCUCAUGCAGGAUUUCAAGACUGGGUACCUAACUUUAGCUUCACCUCGUUCCAUGUUUGUGAGCCAAGUUAUUGGGACUGCAAUGGGUUGUGUUAUCUCCCCUUGUGUUUUUUGGCUCUUCUACAAGGCUUUCCCCGAUCUUGGUGUCCCAGGGUCUGAAUACCCCGCCCCUUUUUCUCUUGUCUACCGUAACAUGGCAAUAUUGGGGGUCGAGGGAUUCUCAACUCUACCAAAACACUGCCUUCAACUUUGCUACACCUUUUUUGCUGCAGCCAUUCUUGUGAACUCGAUCAGAGAUGCUGCAGGAAAGAAAUGGUCAAAAUAUAUUCCACUCCCAAUGGCCAUGGCUAUACCAUUCUACCUCGGAGGCUACUUUGCAAUUGACAUGUGUGUUGGGAGCUUUAUACUAUUUGUUUGGCAAAAAAUUAACAAAGCCAAAGCAGAAGCAUUUGGGCCUGCAGUAGCUUCUGGUUUGAUUUGUGGGGAUGGGAUAUGGACUUUGCCCAGCUCAAUACUUGCUUUGGCUGGGGUGCAACCACCUAUCUGCAUGAAGUUUCUCACAAGGAAAACAAAUGCCAGGAUCGAUAAAUUGUUGGGCUCUUAAGCCAAGCCUCAGAUUAACUGUAUUCAAGCUAUAUAAAUAUGCAUGUAAGUUUCAAACUCUGUAUUCAUAAAGGUAAACAGUCAAGUUUCCUGUACAUCAAACAUGAUCAAUGAUAGAUAUUGCAGCAUA